AUGCAAAGUUCAUUCGUUUCCGAACUCUUCCUGGUUGUGUUUCUGUGCACAUGUCAGAUCACUGCUGCCUCGGCACAGCGCACGACGAAUUACUCCACAUGGAUGGCCACCAGCAUCAUCUCACGCGGGGAGGGCAUUUUGACUGGGAACGGCGAUGUCUCCCAGCUGCUCCAAGCAGGAUUCACUCAGAAAGCGUUCCGCGGCUGGCUUGAGCGAUACCCGGACGACCCGGACGCAGAGCUCAUAAGCUCGUACAUCAAGCAGAGCACCGAUUCAGUUGUCGCCGCCGUAUCCAACGCCGCAGCCACCAUCAACACGUAUCCGCUAGACCGGCUCUCCAACGGCGACAGCCUCAUCGCCCUCUACCAGUCAAGCGGCAACGAAACGUACGGCGCCGCGCUCUCAGCGCUGCGCCAAUCCAUCGACCUGCAGCCGCGGAAUGCCGAGGGCGGGCUGUUCUACUACGUGUACCCCUACUGGUCCUACCUGGACGGCAUGUACUCGCUGGCGCCCUUCUACACGCGCUACACGGAGCUCUUCGACGCCGCCAACACGUCGGCGGUGCCGGACGACAUGCUGCGGCAGCUCGACCUCCUGUGGCAGCACUGCAGGGUCAACGCGUCGGGGCUGCUGGUCCACGGAUACGACGACUCGCGCACCGCCGUCUGGGCGGACCCGGUCACGGGCGCGAGCCCGCACGUGUGGGGUCGCAGUCUGGGGUGGUACCUCAUGGCGCUGGUCGACACGCUAGAACUGCUGAUGGCCCACGGCGGCGGGACGGCGGGAGAGCAGGAAAAGCGGGAGAAGCUGGAGGAGGCGCGGCAGCAUCUGCUGGAGCGGUUCGCGGAGCUGGCGGCGGCAGUGGUGCGGGCGGUGGACGGCGAGAGCGGGGCGUGGUGGCAGGUGCUGGACCAGCCAGGGCGGGCGGGCAAUUACAUAGAGAGCAGCGGCAGUGCCAUGUUCGCGUACGCGCUGCUCAAGGGCGCGCGGAUGGGGUUCCUGGCGGCGGAGCCAGCUCCUGGCGCAGGGACGACGUGGACGCAUGUGGCAAGCCGAGCGUACGAGUACCUGGUCGACAGGUCCGUCGUAGUCGACGACGGGAACGGAACGCUCGGCUUCAAUGGAACCGUGUCCGUUUGUAGCCUGAACUCGACCGCGUCGUACGAGUAUUACAUCGGACGGCCAAUCAAAUACAACAGCGUCUUGGGGUCCGCCGCAUUCGUGCUUGCGUCUGUGGAGUAUGAGGCAUUGAGUGCCGGAUCAGGAAAGUAA